AAAAACCUCGAGAACGACGCUAAAAUCGUCCGAGAAGUGAAAGCAAGUAAGGGAGGGAAAAUCACCGUUCAAACAAGAUCCCCUGUACUUGGCGCAUAUUGGCACGAGAAUGAAAGCUUUGCUUUCACUUUUCCACCUGAUUUCUCAGAACGUUUCUGCCAGAAGUUGGAGGCGAAUUCCAAGGGCGAAGAAGUUUUGCAAGACACGACUUGAAAUCCUCCAUCCAAUUUUAUCUUCUUGCUCCCAGCUGUCAUUAUCAUAUUUGCGUUGUAUUUGUGUAAUAUCCAUAUGAUGCUAUGCUUUUCUCCUUUCUCUUUUCUUCUUCUUUUCUUCUCAUGACCCUGCAACCCUUUACCUAUACUACCGCUAUGUAGCAAAGACGUUCACUAUCUGAUGCAGUCCCUUGCCAGCGUUCGAUGGAUGAUAUCCAGAUCAUAAAAUUGAAGAGCUUACAUAAUCUCAAAAUGACGCAGGCAAACAUCUACAAUCUAUGCAGACUUGAGCCCAGCGACCUCGGAAGGCGUUCUUUUCAUUCCACAAAGUUCGUUUUGUCGCCUUUGGCUCAAAGUUCUCUUUUUUUGAAGCCAAAAGAUUGCAUUGUCUUGCAAAAAAAGCGUUGUAACAACUGAAGAAGAAUGUCUGAAGAAGAUCAACAAGUCCCACCUCAAACUCAGGAUGAGGUUAAGCCAGCCGACGAUAACGCGCCGAUUAAUGUAAAGGUUGUUACAUCCACGGGGGAUGAAGUCUUCUUCAAGAUCAAACGCAACACGAAGCUGAGCAAGCUUCAGGGCGCUUACGCCAACAAGGUUGGAAAAGAUGUAGCUAGUAUCCGAUUUCUGUACGAUGGUUCCAGAAUAAACGACGAUGACACGCCUUCGUCACUUGACAUGGAAGACAAUGAUACUAUCGAUGUAAUGGUAGAACAGGUUGGAGGGUCAUUUGUACUGGGGUAUUCACACCAACAUUGUUCAUAAUGAUAUCGUCGUUGUUUAUUUCCUAUCUGCUUUCGUUAUCGACUUUGUGUGUGCGAUGUAAAAGUCAGAUUGCUGUAUCUUAGUUGAUCUUGCAACUCCUCGAUGAUCAAGUUCAUCAGGAUACCUCGAGGGUCCUGGUGUUGGACAAAAACAAAAGCUGAAAUAACUGAUAUGAAAAGAAACUAUUGAUUGCUUGGAGCAUGACAAACGUG